AUGUAUGGUAUAUUUUUGAAGGCAGUGACGUAUGAUGAUGUGCACAUCAACUUCACUAAGGAAGAGUGGGAUUUACUGAAUCCUUCCCAGAAGAAUCUCUACAAAGAUGUGAUGCUGGAGACCUACAGGAACCUAACUCAUAUCGGAUACACUUGGGAAGACCUUAAAACCGAAGAGCAUUGUCAAUGUUCUAGAAGACAUGAAAGGAUUGAAAGAAAUCAAACUGGAGAGAAGUUUUCAGUAUAUUCUCACUGUGGUAAAGUCUUUGCUGAUAAGAGCCAACUUCAAAAGAUUAAAAGAAUAUAUACUAGGGAGACACCCGAUGAAUGUAAUCAAUGUGGUAAAACCAUUGCUCAAUGUACUGUUUUUCAAACACAUAAAAAAAUACAAACUGGCGAAAAAACCUAUGAAUGUAAUCAGUGUGGUAAGGCUUUUGCACAUCAUAAUCAUCUUCAAUUGCAUAAAAGAACGUAUACUGGAGAGAAAUCUUAUGAAUGUAAUCAGUGUGGUAAGGCCUUUGCACAACACAAUAAUCUUCAAAGCCAUAAAAGAACACAUACUGGAGAGAAACACUAUGAAUGCAACCAGUGUGGUAAGGCCUUUGCAUGUCACAGUUAUCUUCAAAGGCAUAAAAGAACAAAUACUGGAGAGAAAUCCUAUGAAUGUAAUCAGUGUGGUAAGGCCUUUGCAUGUCACAGUCAUCUUCAAUUGCAUAAAAGAACACAUAAUGUAGAGAAAGCCUAUAAAUGUAAUCAGUGUGGUAAAGCCUUUGCACGACAUAAUCAUCUUCAGUUGCAUAAGAGAACACAUACUGGGGAGAAACCCUAUGAAUGUAAUCAGUGUGGUAAGGCCUUUGCACCUCAGAGCACCCUUCAAAGCCAUAAAAGAACACAUACUGGAGAGAAACCCUAUGAAUGUAAUCAGUGUGGUAAGGCCUUUGCACAACACAGUAAUCUUCAAAGCCAUAAAAGAACACAUACUGGGGAAAAACCCUAUCAAUGUAAUCAAUGUGGUAAGGCCUUUGCACACCACCGUAAUCUUCAAAGGCAUAAAAGAACACAUACUGGAGAGAAACACUAUGGAUGUAACCAUUGUGGUAAGGCCUUUGCACAAAACAGUAAUCUUCAAAGGCAUAAAAGAACACAUACUGGAGAGAAACCCUAUGAAUGUAAUCAGUGUGGUAAGGCCUUUGCACGUCACAGUGAACUUCAAAGGCAUAAAAGAACACAUACUGGAGAGAAACCCUAUGAAUGUAAUCAGUGUGGUAAGGCCUUUGCAGCUCAGAGUAAUCUUCAAAGCCAUAAAAGAACACAUACUGGAGAGAAACCAUAUGAAUGUAAUCAGUGUGGUAAGGCCUUUACAUGUCACAGAGAUCUUCAAACGCAUAAAAGAACACAUACUGGAGAGAAACCCUAUGAAUGUAAUCAGUGUGGUAAGGCCUUUGCAACUCAGAGCACCCUUCAAAGCCAUAAAAGAACACAUACUGGAGAGAAACCCUAUGAAUGUAAUCAGUGUGGUAAGGCCUUUGCACAACACAGUAAUCUUCAAAGCCAUAAAAGAACACAUACUGGAGAGAAACCUUAUGAAUGUAAUCAGUGUGGUAAGGCCUUUGCAUGUCACAGUGAUCUUCAAAGGCAUAAAAGAACACAUACUGGAGAGAAACCAUAUGAAUGUAAU